AUGGCUCCCUCCGCUAUCACUCCUGAGACCUCGCCUGAGCGUCGCAUCUCGGUCAAGAAGGCCGCUGUCCAGAACCGAUCUCACAGCAGCUCCGUCUCAUCUGUUGCUUCAAUUAAGCUGAACGAUGGCAACUCCAUUCCCCAGGUUGCGCUCGGUGUCUACAAGGCUCCUAACGGUCAGGAGACCGAGGAUGCUGUCACCGCCGCCCUCGACGCUGGCUACCGUCACAUUGAUUCUGCUGCCCGGUAUGCCAACGAAGAAGCUUGCGGCCGUGCCAUCCGCCGCUGGCUUCAAAAGACUGGAACUCCCCGUGAGGAAGUUUUCGUCUGCUCAAAACUCUGGGAUGCCGACCACGGCUAUGAGGCUACCUUCAAGGCUCUCUGCUCCUCCCUGGACAAGCUUGGCCUUGACUACUUGGAUCUCUAUCUGAUUCACUCUCCCGCUGAGAAUGAGCAGAGGCGCCUUGAGAGUUGGCGUGCGCUUGAAACCGCUCAGCAGCUCGGCAAAGUCAAGUCUAUUGGUGUUUCCAACUUCGGAGCUGCCCAUAUCGAGAAUCUUCUCGACAACGCCACCGUUAUCCCUGCUGUCAACCAGGUCGAGGUUCACCCCUUCUGCCAGCGCGAGGCUCUCGUCGAACUCUGCAACAAGCACGGCAUCAAGAUUGAAGCUUACUCUCCCCUGGCCCGUGGUAACAAGUUGGAGGACCCCACCAUCAACGCCAUUGCCAAGAAGUACAACAAGACUCCAGCCCAGAUCCUGCUUAACUGGAAUGCCGCCCGGGGUAACGUUGUCCUUCCCAAGAGCUUGACCGCUUCUCGCAUCCAGAGCAACUUGGACAGCUUUGACUUCACCCUGUCAGCUGAGGACGUUGAGACAAUCAAUGCUCUGGGCUCAGAGAACUACGUCACCGGAUCCAUGCACAAGUCCGCCGACUGA